CUUAUAUCAUCAUCCACAAUGGUCCUCGUGCUCGUCAUAGGCGACCUGCACAUCCCCAAUCUCGUCCAUGACUUACCUGCCAAGUUCAAAAAACUGCUGGUGCCCGGAAAGAUAGGACAAAUCAUAUGUACGGGCAAUGUCUGCGAUAAGGAGACAUACGACUAUCUACGAGGAAUCGCCCCUGAGGUGCUAGUAGUGCGAGGGGAGUUUGAUGAGAAUCCUCAUUUCCCUUUAUCCCUCAUAGUUCAACACCAGUCCAUCCGCAUCGGUGUCGUACAUGGUCAACAAGUCGUACCCGCCGGGGACCCCGACAUGCUCGCAGCACUUGCUAGACAGAUGGAUGUGGACGUCGUGGUCAGUGGAGGAACGCAUCGUUUCGAGUCUUUCGAGUUUGAAGGACGAUUCUUUGUGAAUCCCGGAUCAGCCACGGGCGCUUGGAGCGGUCUAUGGAACGGUGAAGUUACACCGUCUUUCGCCUUAAUGGACGUGCAGGGCCCUGUCAUCGUGACAUAUAUCUAUCAGCUUGUAAACGGAGAAGUGGGUUUGAUUAUAACCACUGUCACACGACAUCGAGCAGGACCCCUGGGAACAAAUGCUAACACUCAACCUAGGUAAAAGUCGACAAGGUGGAAUACCGGAAACCGGACCCAACACCUGAAACAGCUUCUGCCCCUAACCUCGCGUCUCCUCGUCCGGAAAUCGCCUCGAGGUGGUAACCUGUCUCUUGGAUGUCUUACGCGAUGAAGGAGAUUGUGGCGUGAGGAGUGGGUGGCGGUGGCGGUGGCGGUGGGGUAGUCUUACUCCUCGGGCGUCCUCGGGAGUUGUUGUAAGUAUGAACUCGUAUACCCGUCAUGUCUUAUCUCUGCAUGUGAGCGAUGCGAUAAGCAGAGCUAGGCAUUCGUGCACUAUCCUUGGGCCUUGCGAAAGGCAGCAUGUUGGAAUCUUCUCCAGAAAAGCUAAGGAUGGCAAACAUGCGGAGUCUCGGGUCACCGAGAAUUCCUUCUUCUCUUGUCUAGGAGCGUACGGGACCGUCAAGCGCUUGCUGUCAUUGAAACACAUGCGAUUUGGUUGCUGUCUUUAUAACCCAAGCGAUGUGGCUCAACCCCUUUCCAGUUUCUCCAUCAUGAAGCAAGGGACCAUGACAACAUGGGCUUUCCCGGAGAAAGGUCCGGGCCCGUGAUAGAUGGGAUGCCUUCCCGAGUAGAUAUGGACCGACGAGCGAUGCCGUUAUCGAAAGCCCCCGAGCCCAGGCGGACACAGACUUGACAUGGCGAGCUGAUUUAUACAUGAAUCAGAAGGAUGCGAAAGAAUGCGGUUCAGAAGCAUCUUUGCCACGGCGCACCACAUAGUCAGAGGGCCCACUCAACAUCAUUGAUCAGUAAUUCAUCAUUACGUGACACAUUAGAGAGUCGACAUCAUGAUCCCGAGUCCAGAUCAGUGGUUGACCGAUAGCUGACCAUCUAACUGGCUCGAAGAGUGAUGCUGCAGUACGACAGCCACACGCUGCCGGGUUCUCGGCUAUGGGCGACCUCAAUGUAGUACAACGUAUCGUAUGACAUGCAAAGCAUGUCUUCUGGUGCAUACGCCGGAAGCUUUUGAGUUGCGUAUGGCAAGGACGUAAACGCCCACGACGCCCGUGUGCGUUUCUGACGCACAACAUGAUUCCAGCCAAAGUGUAUCAUCGGGACUCGGCGAUCGCUCAUAUGUAUGUACUACUACCUUGCAAGGUCACAAGCCACCACGCCCAGAGGGAGACAAAUAUCGGCCAAUAACAUCGGCUUUCCACAAGAGCGCACGGCAUGACGACGGUUGAUUCCCACAAACCUUCUUUUCCCCCCAGACCUAGACAGCCGCCUCCAUGCCGAUAUAUGGUAUGUGGAUAUCAAACGGCAUGUAGGAUGCCAAGAGGAGAAACGAGUCGUCGCCUGGGAAAGUGCCAGAAUGAACGUAGAGUAGAUUGCAUCUUGGCCCGAGAACGCCGUCCAUCGCUGGAUACUUCCAUAUCAUCGAUACUCCCGCUCAAUGACCUUCGGAAACUGGUUACGAACGAUGGCCAGUGCAUACCGGCAGAUGUAAUCAUGAAAGUGGGUAGUCAACAUCGUUCGCUCUUGUUCGGCUUACCAGACUGCUGGAAAGAGGCGGGGAGCAGGAGGGAAUGCAUCAUUUAAUUGACGUGACGUGACGGUUGGUGUUCUUCUGCAGCGGCCUUUGAACGCUGCAUGAACUCGUCUGGUGCAUCUGCUGACCGGUAACGGAUAUACGCCCACAGAUCGAUGAUGGACCUGGUCGAGACAAGCGUUACAGAGCGAGGACAAGGAGGCUCGCUGUGGAGCGCAAGCCUUACGAGUCUUUUGUGCGGAUAGACGCUGUUGCAGGAGGACAGCCGACAGCCACCGGAUGACACAGCGCAGAGUAAGCGGGAAGAUGAACGGGAGACGUGUUGGAGAGUGUGGAGAGAGGGUUGGGGCCACUAAAAAAAGAGGCGGUUUGGAGAAGCAUAUGAAGUGAGCGAUAUGAU